GCUCCGGCGUGCUCCAUGGAAAUCCCCAGACUGCCCGCCGCCGCGCGCCGCGUAGACUCCAGAAACUUCAGGGGCAUUUCGGACUUCCGUCCAGUGAGGUGUCUGUCAGUGCCGAGCCCCCACGCAAUCGCCACGGCCACACCAGCUCCUCCGUUCGCGCUCACUCGCGGGGUCCUCCGGCGGCGAUGCGGAGCAGCAGCCAUGGAGGUGCUCAGCUCCAGCCGCUUCUCUAGCGCCUUCCCCAGCCUCCUCGACCACGUCUCCAGGCCGCCGAAUCCCCCGCGCCGCCACCGCCACGGCCGCCGCCGUUGUCUCCAGACGCUAGCCUCCGCGCCCGCCGAUGCCGCCGCGCCGUCGCCCUCGUCCUCGCCGCCGUCGCUCUCCCGGAUCCUGGCCGCCGCGCUGAGGGGAGGGCGCACGCGGGGGGAGCUGCCCGGCCUGGCCGCGGCGGGCGGAGGCGGGGCGGGGAUAGGGACGCUGCUGAUGAGCACGACGGCGGCGGCGGUGACCAAGGCGCGGGAGAGCCCGUACCUGCUGGCGCUGGCGGCGAACCCGACGUUCGUGUCGGGGAUGGUGGCGUUCGCGGUGGCGCAGGCCGCCAAGGCCCUGCUCACCUCCGUGGUGGAGCGGCGGUGGAGCCUGCGGACGCUGUGCAGCUCCGGGGGCAUGCCCUCCUCGCACUCUGCGCUCUGCACCGCGCUCACCGCCUCCGUCGCGCUCUGCCACGGCGUCGGCGACGCGCUCUUCCCCGUCUGCCUCGGCUUCAGCCUCAUCGUCAUGUACGACGCCACCGGCGUCCGGCGCCACGCCGGGAUGCAGGCCGAGGUGCUCAAUAAGAUCGUUGAGGACCUGUUCCAAGGCCACCCCAUCAGCGAAAGGAAGCUCAAGGAGCUGCUAGGGCACACCCCGUCGCAGGUCUUCGCCGGCGCGUUCCUGGGCAUCCUGGUGGCCUGGUUCUGCUGCCAGGGCUGCAUCGGUGCCAUCUGACGUUGCCGUUGUAGCAUGCCUGACUGCUUCAAAAUGGAGUCAUUUUGUACCAUCAUUGGGGGAAAACAUAUAGGUGCUUUCUUGGGAUAAUGUUGGCUGUACAUAAUUGCAUGGAUGGUGUCACCACUUCUCAAUUCAUAGUCGAGACUUUGGUCUGAUUUGAGUUUUGCCGGGAAAUAGAAAGCCUUCUGAUGCAAAAGGCAAAGGUCAGAUCGGAUACUCGAUGAGACAAUAUCCCCGUUUUCCAGGAGACAACGCCUCAAAAGGACUAUGUUUUGGUAUACGAGCGCGCUAAAAGUCGGACACUUCUCUAUGUAUAUACUAUCUUUGAUUC